UCCAUUGCGUUGGACACGCGGGCCACGAAAUAGCCGUUAGCGCGUAAUCACAUACGAUACAUGUGUAGAAACUGAAGUAGAAGCGUUUAGCUGCAUUUCAGGUGUGCUGUAUACCUGCUGCAGACACGCGCAGUGUGUGUGUGUGUGUUAGUUCGCUGCGGGUGCGAUGAGCGUCGAUGAGCCCCGCGCACGGUGACAGCGUGAGUGCGACGUGGACGAGCCGCGAGCUCCUGACCUGACCUGACCCGACCCGUAGUUAAGGGUUGCGGCGCGUGUUGAUGGAAUCGCUGUAUUGCACGCGACACCGCGCCCACCGGGAGAUCCCCCCCGCGAGGAGGCGCAGAGGGGGCUGCAGAGGGGCCGAUCAUCAUGGGGAGGAGCGGCACGCCGCCACGGGACGCGAGUCCACAGCGGAGCCGAGCAGCAGCAUCGCGAGCCGUGGAGGACGGUGUCGUAGCCGCCUCGUGCUGCUCGUGUCCGUCCUCUCGUUGUGCACGCGCUUCUACAGAAUCCUGGAACCUGCGCACAUAUGCUGGGACGAGACCCACUUUGGCAAAAUGGGCAGCUAUUACAUCAACAGGACCUUUUUCUUCGACGUCCACCCGCCGCUGGGAAAAAUGCUCGUCGGCUUGGCCGGCCACCUGAGCGGCUACGACGGCACAUUCCCCUUCGUCAAACCGGGGGACGGAUAUGAGCAUCACAAAUACUGGGGGAUGAGAGGGUUCUGUGCUCUGCUGGGGUCCUGCCUGCCCCCUCUCGCCUACCUCACGGUGCUGGAGCUCUCCCAGUCCACACCCGCAGCCCUCGUCGCCGCUGCUGCGCUCGUCUUCGACACAGGCUGCAUCACCAUCUCCCAGUAUAUCCUGCUGGACCCCAUCCUCAUGUUCUUCAUAAUGGCCUCAGUUCUGAGCAUGGUCAAAUUCAACCUGCAGGCCAACAGGCCCUUCGGGGCUCCCUGGUGGCUGUGGUUGGUGCUGACGGGAGCGAACUUGGCCGGCGCUCUUGGGGUGAAGUUCGUGGGGCUCUUUGUCAUCCUGCUGGUGGGGCUGAACACGGCCGGCGACCUCUGGAGGCUGCUGGGAAACGUGGACGUCCCUCUGGUGGAGUUUGGGAAGCAUCUUCUGGCCAGGGUGUUGGGGCUCAUCCUGCUCCCCCUCUCCUUGUACAUCGUGAUCUUUGCUGUCCACUUUGCUGUCCUGAACAAGAGCGGCCCGGGAGACGGCUUCUUCAGCUCGGCCUUCCAGUCACGGCUGGUCGGGAACAACCUGCACAACGCCUCCAUGCCCGAGUACCUGGCCUAUGGCUCCACCAUCACCCUGAAGAACGUGCGCAUCGCUGGCGGCUACCUCCACUCCCACUGGCACCUGUACCCAGAAGGGGUGGGCGCCCGACAGCAGCAGGUCACAGCCUACCUCCACAAGGACUACAACAACCUGUGGCUGGUCCGCAGGCAACGCGGUGAGGAUGAUCAGUCUGGAUCUCCAGACCUCGUUCGUCAUGGUGACGUUGUCCGACUGAAGCACAAAGAGACCACUCGUAAUCUUCACAGCCACCUCCAGGAGGCGCCCCUCACUAAGAAGCACCUGCAGGUCACAGGCUAUGGAUUUAAUGGGACAGGUGACCUCAACGACCUGUGGCAAGUAGAGGUGUGUGGGGGCCGGCCUGGCGAUCUGGUCAAGGUGCUGCGCAGCAAAGUGCGACUGGUGCACCGCUCCACGGGUUGUGUUCUGUACUCCUCUGGCAAGACCCUGCCCAAAUGGGGAUGGGAACAGGUGGAGGUGACGUGCAGCCCAUAUCUAAAGGAGACACCCAGCUCCCAGUGGAAUAUUGAGGACCACAUAAAUCCCAGGUUGCCCAACAUCAGCCUGGCAGUGCUAAAACCUUCCUUCCUGGAGAUCCUCCUUGAGUCUCACAUCGUCAUGAUCAGGGGCAACAGUGGUCUGAAGCCCAAGGACCAUGAAGCUGUCUCCAGGCCAUGGCACUGGCCUAUCAACUACCAGGGGUUAAGGUUCUCUGGAGUAAAUGAAACAGAGUAUCGUGUGUAUCUGCUUGGAAAUCCAGUGAUCUGGUGGUUCAACCUGCUCUGCAUUUGCUUGUAUGUGGUCAUGGCGACGGCUGUGGCCGUGGCACUCCAGAGAGGAGUCGCCCUCAGUAGGCAGGGACAAGAACGUUGCCGGGUGCUACUGGAUGGUGGCGGGCUGCUCCUCCUGGGCUGGGUCCUGCACUACCUGCCUUUCUACACCAUGGGCCGCAUCCUCUACUACCACCACUACUUCCCAGCCAUGCUCUUCAACAGCAUGCUCACAGGCGUCACCUGGGAUGUCCUCCUGCAGAGCGCAGACCUGGUGUUUCCUCCUUCUGUGGCCUCGCACCUGCGGAGAGGGGCACAUACCCUGCUUCUCUCUGCCUUCCUUUACAGUUUUUACCUGUUCCACCCCCUCUCCUAUGGCAUGAGGGGACCCCUUGCCCAUGAUCCAACCAGUCCAAUGGCUGGUCUCAAAUGGAUGGACUCCUGGGAGUUUUGAGGUGUUGACUACAAAAAGCCAGUUGCCUUCAAAAACCCCAAAUGUUAACCUCCUUUUUACUUUGGAUUGUGUUACUUUACACACUUACUGCAGUCCUGUUCAGAUGCUAAUACUGUAUGCACAACAUUUGGACCUGUAACGUGUGCUAAUCGUAAUACAUCAGCUCUACAUAUGACAUUAUAUAAAGACAUGCUACAUUAUGUAAAAUUUGUUUAAAAAAAAAAAAAAAGUAAAAUUUUUUGGGGCAGGAUAUUUUUUAUAAUGUAGGUGAUAGGCUUUGAGAUUGCUUCACUGAGGUAAAUGUCUAAUCGUUUCACUUUCCUGGUUUUAGGCUGUGUGCAAUUCAACAAACACACCUGUUGGUGAAAUUAUAAUUCUGUACUGGCCACGGCAACUGCUAGAAAUGACUGCUCUGCCCAGUGAAGCCUUGAGGAAACCUCAGUUUAUUUGAGAAGAGGGAGCUUUGAAGAUAUUUUGACUGAGAAGCAGCAUAGGGAUAGAAGGACAUGAAAUUAGUUACCGUUAAAAGUAUAGUUUACAUCUGAAAUGCAAUAAUGAGCAAAGUGCCUUUUAAGAAAGGUUAUCAAAUCCUUUAACUUGAAAUGCUAAAUAUUUUAUUGGAAUGAAAUGUUUUAUUUGCUGUUCAUUUAGUGGUUCAGUGUUUCAUGAACAAAGUAAUUCUAUGGUUGCUACUGAUAGGAUGUCCACAAAAUAGUGUAUUGAUAGGUACUUCAGUCUUUAAAAUGUUAAUACUUUUGGCAAUAAUAUUGGUUUUAACAUUGUAAAUGUUUUUCCCCUCACCUUGUCUUCUGCGAAGAACCCCCCCCCCCCCCACAAAUUCAUCUCAAAAUGAUCUUAAGAUAGUUUUUCACCAUUAAAAAUGUAUAAAUGCUGUUUGUGUGGUGGCUGCUAUUUUUCCUGCCAGCCUAAGUAGAUACUGUCAGUGAUAGUAUAGUGAUUUAAAGACUAUUUCUGCAUU